GAGUACUCCAUGACCUAAACAGGAACAAUCUUUACAAAUUUCUCGUGAAACUUUCUCUAAAUUCAAUGUCAAACAGCGAGGAGACCAUUUUCGACAUUCUAAUUAUCGGCGCAGGACUGUCCGGACUAUGUGCUGCCAAGAGGAUUCAAGACAAAUGUUGCUCCCAAGUCAGCUUCAAACUGCUGGAACAAUCUUCGAAGGUCGGUGGUCAACUUGAUGGCUUCCAGUCACGAUGGAUCACCGGCAAUCAUUUCCACGCCAUUGAGCUUUGCCGAGAGUUGGGCUGCGAGUUGUGUGAAUUGGCGCAAAUGACCGAGAAUGACCAAGCGGAGAAGAAGUUACGUGAUGUUGACCCUUGGCAGGGAAUGAUUUUCGGACCAUUGGCAAAGAUCGAAAGCGACCGGUUGAUGACGGAAAUUGACUCACUGAGCUCAACAAGGUUCAUUAUCGAUGACCCACUGAAUAUGGAUACUUUCCUGGAGCGAAAGUUGCUGCUGGAUGAGUCUAGAGAUUUUUUCCGGUUUCUAAUAAAAAUCAGCUGUGGCUUCUUCCCGAACGAACUCACCGUGACGGAUUGGUUGAAAUUUUGCCGUUCGAUGUCAUCGGUCAGAAACGUGUACGAAAUGCUCAGAGUGAAGGGAACUCACUUGGUGCCUUUGGAAGGAUGGAGUGGUUUGGUGGAAAAGCUAGUUCGAAUAGUCGGCGAGGAAAAUAUUGCGCACUCUUGCAAAGUCACUCGACUGGAACUUACUGCCGAAGAGGACUGCCUCGUUUUGGUGACUGAUGAGAAUGGGUGCAUCUGGAAGGGUCGGACCGCCAUUUGUGCCAUUCCAUGUGAUGAUUUGCGGCGAAUCGAUUUUGCUCCUUCACGUCCGAUGUUCUUCAGGCAACCGAAUUCGAAUGCAAAUAUAACACACGUCAGUAACUUCAAGGUUUAUUACGAGACAUCGAUUUGGAAGGACCAUGGUUUUUCGGGGAACGUAUUUCUCCCUGCGUAUCGGAUAGUGUGUUUCGAGCGAGGACAAGGACUACUGGAAGGAUCAUUCUUCCAUAUGGAAAAUGUGAGCGAACACGAAGUAAGGCAUGCCAUUCUACAUAUUUUGAGUUUGAAUCUAAAAUGCCAUUCGCUGUUGAAUGCCGUUAAAUUCGAAGCAAGGCGACAAGUUUUACCGUUUUAUUUUGAAGUGCCUCCUUCAUUUCGUCGAAGUGUUAUAUUUGCAUCCUCCAAUGCAAGCUGUUGGUAUCGAGGGUUCAUCAACGGAUCCAUUCAAGGAGGCGUGAAGGCAGCUGUUCUGGCACUGCUUGAAGUGCGACCCCAAACCAUCAACUUCAAGGAUGUUACCGACAUGCAGUGUAUUCACUUCAAGUACUUUCAACGGCACUCCGGUCUGGAGCGGUUUUGGUAUUCGGUAAAUUUGUCCAGUGUCAGUCGAUUCGUGGCCGUGGCAGCGACGGUUGCUGCCGCUUUCACUGUGCUGAUUGGAUUCACUAAAAAUGUCAUCGGUAUCAGUGAAUUUGAGACUGAAUGAUAGCCUCGAUUAUGCCAUGAGUCAUCAAAUUUGAAAAUAAAUACAUUGAGCACAUUGAA